AUGCUGGAACAGCUUUGUGUAGCUUGCAGGAGGGACGGGACAGACUUGACCUCCCACUGCCCCACCCCCACCCCCAUGCAGUGCCCCAGGAAUGCCAGGGGCCCAACCUGGGCUCAGCUGCCCCGCCCCGCCGGCCGGGUUAGGUUGCCGCGUGAGCGGCGGGCGGAGUUGGUCCCGUUGUGCUGCGGCUCCGCGCGGCCUGCAGUCCCGGGCCCGCGCCCCGCACCGCCCGCCCGCCCGCCCGCCAUGGAGCUUGGCCCCGACGGCCCCGCCGCCCCCGGCCCCGCUGCCAUCCGCGAGGGCUGGUUCCGCGAGACGUGCAGCCUGUGGCCCGGCCAGGCCCUGUCUCUGCAGGUGGAGCAGCUGCUACACCAUCAGCGCUCGCGGUACCAGGAUAUCCUCGUCUUCCGCAGUAAGAGCUACGGAAAUGUGCUGGUGUUGGACGGCGUUAUCCAGUGCACCGAGAGGGACGAGUUCUCCUACCAGGAGAUGAUCGCCAACCUGCCCCUCUGCAGCCACCCCAACCCACGCAAGGUGCUGAUCAUUGGGGGCGGGGAUGGAGGCGUCCUGCGGGAGGUGGUCAAGCAUUCCUCUGUGGAGUCCGUGGUCCAGUGCGAGAUUGACGAGGAUGUCAUUCAAGUCUCCAAGAAGUUUCUGCCCAGCAUGGCCAUUGGCUACUCCAGCUCAAAGCUGACCCUACACGUGGGUGAUGGUUUUGAGUUCAUGAAACAGAACCAGGACGCCUUCGAUGUCAUCAUCACUGACUCCUCAGAUCCCAUGGGUCCUGCUGAGAGCCUCUUUAAGGAGUCCUACUACCAGCUCAUGAAGACUGCUCUCAAGGAAGACGGCAUUCUCUGCUGCCAGGGCGAGUGCCAAUGGCUGCACCUGGACCUCAUCAAGGAGAUGCGGCACUUCUGCAAGUCUCUCUUCCCAGUGGUGGACUACGCCUACUGCACCAUCCCCACCUACCCCAGCGGCCAGAUUGGCUUCAUGCUGUGCAGCAAGAACCCAAGCACCAACUUCCGGGAGCCCUUGCAGCCACUGAUGCAGAAGCAGGUAGAAGAGAUGCAGCUGAAAUACUACAACUCCGAUGUGCACCGGGCAGCCUUCGUCCUGCCUGAGUUUGCCCGGAAGGCCCUGAAUGAUGUGAGCUGA